UAAAAGAAUGAUGAUGUCGAAUUGGUAAAAUAGUUUAAUAUUUCAAAACUAACAAAGUUUUCUCGUAAAUAAUGUCCAAAUCUUUUCACGAGCUCAUUGCGUUCGAUGAACGAGAAUAUCAACGUCUACCGGCAAAAAGGCAGCCAGUGUUUGUGUAUGAGUGGUUAAAGACCUUUGAAGAAAGCAUAAAUGCUGCUAAAAAGGCUGAACUUAAAGCGUGUCAGAAAGAUUUGGUGGCAGGAUUAUCCAAACAGUUAUAUGGCGAAUGUGGUCCACCAACCAGACAACUUCUUGGUCGUUGCUUUGCUCAACUUUAUCUCAAUGGUGACCAGUUCAGUGCCUUUGAUACAGUUAAUACAUGCUCAGAAAUUAUAAAAGGAAAAGAUGAUGCUAAUUUAUCCGUUAAAUUGGCAGCCAUUGCAACUGUUGGGACAAUUUUUGAAAAACUUGGGAGAAUGGUUGGUGGUUCUGCUCCUGAAACAGUACAAAUACUUAUCAAAGCAAUGAAAAAUUCAGAGUCUCAAGGUCGCUGUGAAAUCCUUUUAUGUUGCCAAAGAAUAUUGAGUGGACUUGAGGCUGCCUCAUGUCACAAAGACAUCUUUAAAUGUAUCAAAACUGCUCUUGUGGAUCGUUCAAUGGCUGUGCGAUGUGCUGUUGCUGAGUGCACAAAAGAGUUGUUAAAGCAUGCUAGCUUUACAUAUACCACUGAACUAGAGACACUAUUUUCAAUAUGUCUCAAAGCUCUUGAGGGUUCAAAUUAUGACGUCAGGGUGGGUGUGUCAAGUCUUGUUGGAAAGCUAAUGGCAGCCACUCAGCGUCCACCCGAAGGCUCAAGGCCCCUGGCAAACAACAAGAAUAAAAAGAUCAGUAUGGAUGAGAUGUUUGAUCUGAUGUCGGCUGGCUUCCUAAGAGGUGGGAUUGGAUUCUUGAAAGGGGGGAGUGGUGAACUUUUGAAGACCACCAUUCCACAGGAAGUUCGUGUUGGUGUAACACAAGCGUAUGUUGUUCUCUUCAAUGAAAUGGGAGGAACUUGGGUUGAAAAAAAUGUUGGCUAUAUUCUUGGACGUAUUCUUGAGUUGUUGUCUAACUCAAAAGCAACCUCAAAUCAUGUGGAUGCAGUGUACUCAAGGAAAUGUGUCUCAUUCAUAUUGAGAUCUAUGUUGGGUCGUUUAUUGGGUGAGAAAGCUCAAGUGAUAGCUGGAAAGGAACUUUGUAAACUUAUCUCCAAACAAAUGACCAAGGUGAAACAAAUGACACAAAAUCGGGAUGGAACAUCUUCAACUGAAAUAAACGAAUUUGUUCUUGCCACACAACAUUCUAUAAUUUGCACUUUGCAAGAACUUGCUUGUCUCACACAAGAUCUUGCCACAUGUGCUGGUACUUUAAUCAACGAAAGCACUAUUGAAACUGUUUUAUCCGUUCUUAUUCACUCUGCUCCGGCUGCUCGUCUUAGUGUUGCUUGGUGUCUCCGUACCAUCACAAUUGCUAUUCCUUCACGUCUCUCGCCGAUGAUUGAACGAUGUAUUACCGAGCUUCGAACAUUCUCUUCGCUUGAAAUAAUUUCGGGAUACGCGUACACGUUGAGUGCGUUGAUUGGUGCUGUUCGUCUCUGUCCUCUCGGUAUUCCUCACAAGAAAGGCAAGUCCGUGUUUGCUGUCGCUGAAGACAUGUUGAAACGAACGAAAGAAGAUGAGAAAUGGGCAAUGGUUAGAGCAAAAUGUGGUUGGAUGAUAAUGGGAUCAUUAAUGACUUUAGGUACGUCAACAGUUCGUCAUUUUCUUCCAAAGAUGUUGGGUCUAUGGGCGAGUGCCUUUCCACCGACACCUGACGAGGCAGAGUCAGAGAAGAAAAAAGGUGAUCCAUUUACGUGGCAAGUAACACUUGAAUGUCGGGCUGGAGCUCUUGCGGCUUUGCUUGCGUUCAUUAAACAUUGUCCAGAAUUACUUGUUGAUGACGUAAUACGACGAAUAAUGUUACCUUUAGAAUCAUGUGUUAUUAUGACGACACAUCUACCGGAUGUUGUUCGCUCUCAUGGGAAUCACCUUAAAGUGAGCACUGCUAUGAUCAGACUGAGAUUAUUUGAAACUUUCCAACUGUUGCCACCCAAAUCAUAUGAAGGUCUUCUAAAUUCUAUCGUCCGUGAACUAGUGUCAGAAUUCACUCUAAGUUUCAACCAAUCAAUGACGACUACGUCACUGCUGCGAACCAUGUGCCAUAAGGACGACAGCAUACUACUAGGGACAUGGCUUCAGGAGACUGAUCACAAAUCAGUUGAGGAUCAGCUGCAGCCAAACAGUGCUUCUGGAUCUGGUGCACUCGAACAUGAUUAUUCUUGCUUGUUUAGUUAUGAUGAAAAGUCACCAGAGCACCCUGGUCCUCUUCCUCUUGGUGUUGCUGUCAUUGAUGCUUCUAUAAAACUUUUUGGUCAAAUGUUUCCUCAUAUUGCUCAGAAGAAUCGUAAUCAAUUACUCACUCAUUUUGCCUCUUGUAUAAAGAACACAAAAGCUGGAAAGGUUCAAGCAGUUACAAUGAAUAUCUUUACGGCAUUUCUUGGUGCAUUGAUGGCUAUGGGAGAGACGAAGUCUUCUUUUAGUGAUAGAGAUGUACUUGCAACUGCUGAUAACCUUGUCAUGAGCGCUUUGAAUAACUCCGAUGCCAUUUUGAGAUGUGCAGCCGCCGAGGCACUGGGACGAAUGGCACAAGUCGUAGAUGAGCCCGCAUACGUGGCACAGAUAGCCCAAGGCAUCUUUGCCAAGAUUCAAGGAUCUCGUGACGCAGUUUCUCGAACUGGACAAUCGAUUGCGUUAGGAUGUCUGCAUCGUUAUGUCGGUGGAAUGGGAGCUGGUCAACAUACACAAACCAGUGUCAGUAUACUAUUAGCGUUGGCUCAAGACAUGUCUUCAUCAACUGUUCAGGUUUGGGCACUACAUGCGCUUGCAUUGAUAGCAGAUUGUGGUGGUCCAAUGUUUCGCGGUUACGCGGAGUCAACGUUAGAGCAAACCAUGUCUUUGCUAUUAUCCGUUCCGCCUUCUAACACUGAAAUUCAUCAAUGCCUUGGAAAAUGUCUGGCUGCAUUAAUAACAAGCAUUGGUCCUGAACUCCAAGAUACAUCAAAAUCCAUUAAAGACAUACGUUCUUCUUGUUUGGUUGCUGCCUCAGUAAUGCAGCAUCACCCCGACUCCAUUGUUCAGUCAGAAGCCAUAUCCUGUUUACAACAAUUGCAUAUAUUUGCACCGAGGCACGUGAACUUGUCGACAUUGGUUCCCAGUCUUUGCAUAAACCUCUCGAGUCCACAUUUAAUCCUGCGUCGUGCAGCUGUAGCUUGUCUUCGUCAACUGUCGCAACGGGAAGCGAAAGAUGUUUGUGAGCAUGCGCUUGCAUGCAAAACCGAGAAAGAACAAUCAAAAUCAACAUAUGUUGUGACCAUUGGUGAUGAUGGCUUGGAAGGAGCAUUAUUUGGGAUGUUAGAUACUGAGGUAGACCGUGGAUUAAGAUCGAACAUUCAAGACUGUUUGAACAGCAUGUUACAAACCCUAGCCCCGGAAAAACUCCUUCAUUGGUUGGGUCUAUGUAAAAGUGUUUUAUCUGCUGCAAAAUCUGAAAAAGAAGACAAAGCAAAUAAAGGUGGAGAUGAUGAUGAUGAUGAAAGUGGUGGAAUGGGGGCUUUUAAUAAAGUAGAAGAAACACAUCCCACUGUUGUACCAAGAUGGCCAACGCGUGUCUUUGCUUCAAAAUGUGUUCAGAAGAUUAUGAACGUAUGCGAACAAGAACGAGCGCAUUUUGAUUUAAGUUUGGCACGACAGUUAAAAAGAAACAGUGGAAGAGGUGACUAUCUUAUAAUGCAUUUAUCUGAACUGGUUCGUUUGGCUUUUAUUGCUGCUACAGCCACAUCUGUUCAACUCAAGGUCGAAGGACUCGAAACAUUGCAGGAAAUUGUCAAGAAGUUUUCAUCAGUACAAGAUCCAGAUUAUGCUGGUCAUGUAAUACUUGAACAGUUUCAAGCACAGGUUGGAGCUGCUUUGCGACCUGCAUUUGCCGUAGACACUCCAGCUGACGUUACAGCUAUGGCUUGUGAGGUCUGCAGUACAUGGAUUGCCAGCGGUGUUUCAUACGAUUUGAAUGACGUCAGACGUAUACAACAGCUUCUUGUGACGUCAUUGUCGAAGUUUGGAACUGAGCAGGAUUCAUCUUCUCAACUGUACAAUGAAAGCGCAAACACCAUGGAGAAACUUGCUGUUCUAAAGGCAUGGGCUCAGGUUUAUAUUGUUGCGAUGAAACAAAAAAGUUUAGAAAGAUCUCCUCAACAUCCUAUUAAAGAAAAUGCUGAAGUGCAAGAACCCCUUAUUACAUUGGUCGUUUCACAUAUACGAGAUCUACAUCAUUAUUGGUUGGGAGCUGUUAAAGAUUAUGGUUAUCUUUCUUUACCCGAAUACAUGUCUCAAUUACCUCUCAGCGGUGGAAUGUUUUAUGGACAGGAAUCAAUGAACGAAUCUAAGGUUUAUUUUGAAAAAGCGUGGCCACCAAUAAUUCACGCUUCUGCCUUAUGGCUUCAUGCCGAGGGCUUUGAAAACGUUGCAAAGGAAGUGGAAGAUAUUAGCACAGGCAAUGUUCCCAACGCAAUCCUAAGUGUACCUCGUGCUCAAAAAUCACCGGAGGAUUUAAAUUCUGAGCGUUUUCAUCUUGUUCUUGGUUUAUCCGUGAAAGCAUUGUGUUCGACGCGUUUAACUUACACUCCGGAGACUAUAACUUCCUGUAUUAACGCUGUUAACUGCUUGCUUGACACACCGUGGGCUCGUGAAUACAUUGGUCACAAUGACACUAUUGCAGUUGAACUACUUAACGUAAUGCAUCGAUUGCUGUUGACGCUGGACAGUCUAGCGAGCCACCAGAUUAUAAUGAGUUCUGUCUCGCGUGUAGUCCACGGUACUCGUGAAGUUCUAACAAAGAAGAGAACGAAGGACAGUGCUGCUUUUGUAGGCGAAGAGGCAAUUGAACCUGGCAAAUCAGUCGUAUUUGGUGCCAUGGAAACAUGUAUGUGUUUGUUGGCGCGGUAUUUUCCUUCAAUUUUUAAGGAUUCUGGGAAGAUGCAACAAAAUCCUAGAUUAUCUGUGACUAGUAAAGGAUCUUUAACAGAAAUCAGUCGUGUUAUUUCAACUACAGUCGGUAUACUGGCAGAAGUACCAGAUCUUUGUACUUCGCAAGCACUUUCCGACAUUCUACCGAUUGUUUUACGGCUGAUUACGAGUGUUUUUGAGGAAGCCGCUUCUUGCGAAUUACCGCUGGUUAAAUCAAGUCAAACUGUCUCUUCACCCAAAAUGCCGCUAGUGGUUACGUCGUCAUUAAAAGCGCUGAAAGAUAUUCUCAGCUCACAACGUUUUAUGCAAUGUGAUAAUUCAAAAGAUUUCAUCGGAUAUUUUCAAAGUUCUUUGUUCGCAAUGAUCAAUCCAGUUAAGGAAAAGCGAUCAACACGACAGGUGGAUGAAUGUAGUGUAAUGGCUGCCAUUGCGUUGUUUGUUAUUACUGCUCCACUUCCGGUGACGACCGUCACCCAGUUACAUAAUGAUUGCGUUGAAAUAUUCAUACGUGCUGUCAAGUCCACCGAUGCAAAUGUUCAAUUGAAAGCUGUGGAAACCUGUUACUCAAUGUUCUCUUCAGGAGACUUGACACGAAUCCUUGGCUACGUUCACUUGGUUGCCCCACAUAUUUUGACAAUAGUACAAGAAGCUGCAACGAUUCCACCUUCCACUGAAUUAAAGUUAUCUGUUGUUCUAAAAUCUAUUGAAAUAAUGGAUGUUUUGCUUGGUCUCACCGACGAAGAUAAUCGUCUUCAAUUAUUGUCUAUUUGUCUUCCUCUUCUUCUCGAGCUUUUACUUGAAUCAUCAGCGUUAAGCACAGCAACGUCGUUCUCUCGACGGCAGCACGAGUUCGCGUUCCAAAAACUGCUCGCUAUUGGUCCAAAAUAUCCCGUUCAUUUCAGGUCAAUUAUGGCGGGCUCACUCGCGAUGAAACAACGGUUGGAAAACGCAGUGAAAGAAAAUCAAGCUAAAUUGACUGCAAAGAGUACAAGUGUAACGAAACAAACAAGUAGUCAACCAAAAAUUAAGUUAAAAAUGGAUUUCAGUAAUUUCAAAUGAUUUUAUGUAAACUGUAGAAAGUGUCAUGAUUUAAUUAUACGCUCACAAUAAGUA